AUGGGAAACGGAAUGAAUAAGGUGCUACCCGGCCUUUACGUGGGUAACUACAGGGACUCCAAGGACAUCGUGCAGCUGGACAAAUACAAAAUUACACACAUACUGUCCAUACACGAUGCGGCUAGAAGACUGCACUCCGACAAACACUACCUGUGUAUAAUGGCAUCGGACUCCCCGGAUCAGAACCUCACUCAAUACUUUAGUUUGUGCAACGACUUCAUACAUGCGGCGCGUCUCAGGGAUGGCAAUGUACUUAUUCAUUGCUUAGCAGGCAUGUCACGAAGCGUCACCGUGGCAGUCGCAUACAUUAUGUCGGUGACACCUCUCACGUGGCGCGAAGCUUUGAAGGUGGUGAGAGCUGGACGCGCAGUGGCAAAUCCUAACAUGGGCUUCCAGCGUCAGUUGCAGGAUUUUGAAACUUAUAAACUAGUUGAGGAAAGAAGACGUCUAAAGGAGAGGUACCCGUCAUUAGCGCUAGCGGACAGCGAUCUAGCAGAAUGCCGAGUGAUGUUGGACUCUUAUCAAGACAUGCUCAAACAGAAGACAAUCUGUGAGGGCAAGUGCGCCAUGGGGCGGCAGUGUCCCACCGGUGUAUGCAGGACUGGGUCGAAGCGACAACCGCGAACCCGGAGGCCGUCGGGUGCCGCAGGAGCAGAAGCGAGGUCGGCAGGGCUGAAACGGUCUCCCUCCACGUUGUCCACUUCGUCCACUGCGUCGGGCUACAGACCUCGCUCAUCGCCAGCUGGCCUCUACAGCUAUACCGGCCCAACAUCUAGGCCGACUCGCUCGACAUCUGGACUGAGUGUGACGCGUGUGACGGACCCGGUGAGCGGCGGUACAGCGAUGGCGGUGGGCGGCACGGAGUACUCGCGGCGCCGCGCUGCCUCCGCGCCCGCUACGCCCGCGCUCUCACCCGCGUCCUCGCCGCCCGGCUCCCCACAUAGAGCAAUGCAUAGAGGAAACUGUGCAUGGAUCAUACCCACGCUGAAAUGGGACGACGAAUUAAUGUAG